AUAUUAGAGAUGGACUGCCCUAUUAAAGUUAGCCAAUUAAAAUCAAGUACAGAAUAAAAAGAAACCUUCGAUAAAUUAUUCAAAGUGCCUGCUUAACAUGUUUAAAGAGCUUAAUAAAAACAUUAAUCAAAAUCUGAUUUAAUAAAUGAAUUGCGCCAUGAGAAUGAAGAAUUGAAGAAUACCAUUGGUGAAUUAAAGGAUAGAAUCUAAGAGUUAGAAUAGUAACUAAAAGGAAAACAAGCCCCCUAAAUAGAGGAAGAAAAUCAAGAGACAAUUUCAGUUGAAAAACCAUAAUAAGAAUUUUAAGAAGAAAUGAAUGAAGAAGAGAAAUCCCUCCAUUUUGCCUUGAUGCUUUAAUAAUAAGAGGAAAUGGAAUUUUAAAAUCGAUUAAUCUAGUAAAAAUGUGUUCUUACAAUUUAUAGAAUGUAAAAUAAUGUUGACUUGGAUGAAAUGAGUUAUGAAUAAUUAUAAGAACUUUAAGAGAAGAUGGGUUUUGUAAGUAGAGGAUUAGUGGAGCACUAAAUCUAAGUGCUUCUGAAGCAAUGCACUAUUUAAAAUUAAACAAAUGAUUGGUAUGCGAAUGAUGGUCUAUAAUUGUAGUUGCACAAUAUGUCUAGAAGAUAGUGGAAGUCCUGUUGAAAUUCAAUUGGAGUGUGGACAUGUGUUUCAUAAGGAAUGCAUUUCAGAAUGGCUAUCCAGAGAAAAGCAUUGUCCAGUUUGCAAGAGAGAUAUCGAAUUGAGAAAACUUAGAUGAAG